CCAGUGGAAUGAUGAACAGAUGAAGCACACGUCCACCGAAUCAUCUGGGGCUUUCCAGCUUCAGCUUCCAAACACAGCAGCUUGCUCAUCAGCUGUGUUCUUGCGCAGGACUUACCGAGAUGAUAUGGCAACAUCGAAGUGACCUGACAGCCUGAUACAACCCACUUGUGUCGAUCGGAUAGGGCCAUUAACCUCGUAUCGAACUCAACGAUCCGAGAAGUGAGAGCACGCCUACAUAUAUACCCUAAGAGCCAAUGUAUCCCAAGCACCUCGGUCGAGCUAGCUUACGAAUUAAUAAACAGCAAUGGCGAACACUAAGAUUGCGGUAGCCAUCGCCAUCCUGCUAGCUCUGCUUCAGGUGUCAUGCGCCGCAGCCCGGCGGCACGGCAAACCAGCUCAUGGCGACCACGACGGCAACGGCACCCCUGCUGUGAUGACGGUAAACGGUUUCGAGCGAGGUGAGGAUGGCGGCGGCGCAGCAUCGUGUGAUGGCAGUUUCCACAGCGAUGACAAGCUGAUCGUGGCGCUGUCCUCGCGGUGGUACGCGGGAGGGAAGAGGUGCGGUGAGGCUAUCCGCAUCACAGCGGAGAGCGGGCGGAACCGUGAGGGCACGGGUCGUGGACGAGUGCGACUCCCAUGGAGGAUGCCGCAACAACAUCGUGGAUUCCUCCCGAGCCGUUUGGAAGGCGCUCAGGCUCGAUACGGAUGUCGGCGAGGUCCACGUCACGUGGUACGACGCCUGAACACGCUACACACCGAGUUGGAUGGCCGCCCGACCACGGAGAAAUUGGGAACCACGGCGCGCGGUUCUGUCCUACCAAUUGUUAUCACUACACUCUCCACGUACUUGAUAGUGGAAAGGUCGAUACGAUCGAAUAAAACUUCCCUUCCACAACAAAUUGUUGCUUGGGAAAAGAUCAAGGGCCCUUGGGGUCCACCGGUCAAAGAGAUCGCACGAGAUAAGAACCUCCGAACUACUAGGGGCCACCCAUUUUGUCAUGGUUUGCAAGACCUUUCACCUCUUUCAGGGAGGUGUGGUAGGAUUGACUACGAGAUGUUUACAAAUGAUCUCUCGUGUGUAUUAGACUACGAUAGAAUAUCUGGUGGCAAUCUCUCAUCCAGAAGAGAGAGAGAGACGGUGGGGCUGCAGUACGAUCUCGUCGGGAACCCAUUGGGCGCGGUUCGCGCCACCUUCGAGAGGACGACCGCUGCCGCUGCGGUGGAGUCUGGAGGAGCCGACCCUGUGGCGGUGUUCCGUGGCAAAGACUGGGGUGCCGGCGACCUCUUCCGCUCCUUCCUCCUCGAGCAAGACGAUCUUGGCAAGGUUCAGGUGUUGGAUUCGUCAAAUCUUGGAUUGAUCAAACCAGACACCCUGGUCCGGUAUCGGGGAAUGGUUCAGGAUAUGCUUGGGAAUGAGUACUACAUUGGUGCUUUCAAGGUACUGGACUAA